GUUAUUGACCAUCGUAUUAAUAAAAAUACGAAUAUUUUAUCAGAACAAAGACUAAAAAACACCAUUGGUGUGUACAAUGCCUGUUCUGCUUAAAGAAGAAAAAAUUGUGUUAUACCUUAAUAACAUUUGCAUAGCUAUAGAUAUCGAAUAAAAAAUCCAUAAAAAUUUUAGAAACUAAUUCAUUUUUCCAAACAAUUCCCCUUUAAAAUUAAACAAAGGCAUGCAUGAGUGCAGCGUAAAAUAAAAUACUUAUGUGAAUAUGAUUCUCUUAAUGUGUUUUCAGAUUUUCAAAAAAUUAUGCAAUCAUCUUAUGAAUGGCCAAGAAAUGAUCAUGAUUCCCUCUUCUCCCAAUUUCUUCGCACAAAAACUUGACAGAAAGCCCCAAAAUUACAGGUACUAAAAAGCAUUUUGAUCAAAAUUUUGAUUAAAAUUUUUGCAAUGUAGUUUGCAGUUUCUGCAUUUGUCAGAAUUAUGAAUUAAUGUUUUCGACUGAUAUGAAAUCAGUGUAUGAAAUAAGUUCAAGGUCCAGGGGCCAAUUCAUGGGUGCGAGGCUGGUCUCACAACGCUAUGACCUAUGAACAAAGGAUUUCCAAAGAUUCCCGUGGCUUCAGAAAUGGCGGCAAAUCACCAGAGGUUGCCCGGUAUCCAACAUUUUGACAUCCAUAUUACUGACAAGAAUCUUGAGAUAUCGGCAAAGACACUGAUCAGUCAUGUAAAGAAGGGCUGGAAAAUAGAAAAACUGCAGCACAAAGUGUUUGAUGAUGGAAUAAGUAACAAAUUGGUUGGCUAUUUUGUCCAGCCAGAGCACACGAAAGAUGGUCUCAUCAACAUCAGUGCACAACGAUCCGAUAUCGUCUUAGUACGAAUCUAUGGCGCUAAAACCGAGCUUUUUAUCGACAGAGCUAGAGAACUGCGAAAUUUCAAGCUGCUGCAAGAAAAUGGGCUGUCGCCGGCACUUUAUUGUACGUUCGAAAAUGGUUAUUGUUAUGCCUUUAUAGAUGGGCGUGUGUUAGGCCCAGAAGAUUUCAUUGGAAAAGAAAUGCCGGAGCAGAGCGUAAAACUACUUGCAAUGGUUCAUGCUGUCAGGAUUGGUCAGGCAUAUCUUCAUCAUCAUAAAAUGGAGCCUUCUUUGGUGAACAGUUUAAAAAAAAUAAUUCGAUUGCUUCCAGACAAAUUUGAUGACCCCGAACAACAAAAGAGGUACGAAACAACAAUUCCAUCUCAUGAGAUUCUCCAGCAAGAGGUUUCAGAAAUCUCUCAAGUUUUAUCAUCUGCACAAUCUCCUCUUGUGCUUUGCCAUAAUGAUGCACUUUGUGCCAAUUUUAUUUAUGAUGAAAUCAAAGAGAAACUUUGGAUCAUUGAUUACGAAUAUGCAUCUAUCAACCAUGCAGCUUAUGAUCUUGCUAAUCACUUCAAUGAGUAUGCAGGGGUCACAGAUGUCAACUUUGAGAGGCUUCCAAGCAAGGAGAAGCAGCUUAAUCUGAUCAGAAUUUACUUGGAAGAAUUUGGAAAGCUGAAAUGGACCGGCGAUGUCGAUAUAACAGAUGAAAAAAUCGAAAAAUUUUACGUCGAAGUUUGCAAAUUUUCCCUGGCGUCACAUCUUUUUUGGGGAAUAUGGUCAAUUGUUCAAGCAUUUUAUUCCGAGAUCGAUUUUGAUUUCCUUGGGUAUGCAGCUCUUCGUUUGAAUGAAUAUUUCAGGAAAAAGCCUGAUGUUUUGGCUCUUUGAGAGUUUUUUAUCAACAAUGUUGUAGACGAACCAUUGCCACGCACUGCACAAUUGAUCAUAGUUUACAAUUUAUCAUAUUUUAUUUUCAUCUUCAUUAAUAUUUCGUUACCAAAAUCAAUAAGUAAAUUUUCAAUAUUUUAAACACUGGUUAGACAUAGAUCUUCUCAUUUUAGGAAAUAACAUUUCUAUAAGCAGUAACCCCAGCAUUAAGAAUGUUUCAUUUUAACUAGUAUUUAACUAGCAAUUUCAUAAGGGGGCGGGGUCACUGUAUAUACAACAAUCUGGUACAUUUGGGUCAGUCUUGUAUUUUUACGUUAGAAUCUUGUCAUGUGCUAUACUUCUGGGUUUAUGAUUUUUCGUUCUAACUGGAUUUCGAUUACUUCUGACUGUUUGGCAGACAGACAAUGAUAUUAGAGGGGUUUUUGGAAAAUGGCCGUUACUUCUAAAGUAUUGCCUUACUGAUCCCCCGUACAUUGUAACUUUGGGGGCUCCGACUGGGGCUAUCACGUACAAUCUUUUCUGACUCGUACAAAGUACGACAAUUUUCUCCAGCAACAAUAAACUGGUGGUAAAAACAUUUUUGGAAAGGUCAACACUUAUUUUCUUUCAAACGUAACUGAUUUGAAUAAUUAUGACCCCCAAGCUGCAAUUGUGAAAAUGAUUUAUAUGAUUACACGUUGAAUGAAAUUUGAGUCUCAACUGUGUCUCCAAAUGUUUCUUCACUUCCUACUAUUACCGUUAGAGAGGUCGUUUGAGGUAGUUUUCCCAUAGCAGGAUAUUUAUCCUUAGAACACAGGCAUUUCUAGGCAUUUGGCCUUCUUUAUCUAAAUCAUUCUUAAGUUGUGGCGCCCAACGUGAGUUCUAUUCUAACACAAAUUUCCGUAGCAUUAUUCAAUGCAUCUAAACCUUUUUGGGACAGACUUUUUAAAAGGCAUAUAAAGAUACCAGAUUGUUCUGUAUGUAAUCUCUACGUGGUAUGGAUUCACCGGGUUAACUAAAAUAAUUCUUUAGAGUUCCAUCAUAUCUGUAUGUCAAUAAGCAAAAAAACUUUACCGGCAUUUUAAUCUAAGUCGUCUUAUAUUUAAUCUUAGAUUCUAGAUCUAACAUCAUCUGAGAUCUUAAAGACGUCCUUUUAAGACAAAAUCUAUACCUUUGUCUUGGAAUACAUUCACGUCUGUCCUUAAAAUAUAAUUUUUAAUCAAUAACUUAUUUUUUUUAAGAAUAUUGCCUGUUGAAAUUGUUUCUUUAUAUAUUUAAAUAUAUAAUUACUUCACUUCAAGUUCAACGUGAAAAAGACUGGUUCUUCUCACAGAAAGAGAUCAUAUUGUAAGCGUGAUUUUAGAAUAAAGUACUACGCAAAAAAGAAAAUGUAUAAGUGGUCUUUAUUUCCUAAUAAAUUUGCAUUUUGAACAAUGAAAUAUUUGGUAGCCGUUUUGUAUCUAUUGCAGCAAGAAUCUUCAUGUAGAUAGUAAAAUUUAUGUUAUUCCCUACACUCCAUAGAAUAGCUACAUUUAGAUUUACGAAGCUUCCAGUUUAGGUCACAUCUUUAAAGAAACUUUGGUAUUUCAGUUCUGUAGAUGCAUGAAAUAUUUCGCUUGGCAAAAGGUUUGUUUACAACAUAUUUUGAUGCUCUCAAUACGAGAACACAAACAUUUAAUUUCUUUCAUGCGAUGUCCAUAGUUAUUGCCAGAACAUUCAAUAUUUUGUUUAGCAGUGUAUUUUCACUCUGUGUUUCUGUUUUGAGAAAAAAUAUUUACAAUGAAUCUCUUUGUUUCCGCCGGCAUUAGUAAACCAUCAAUGCAUGGCCCCCUUUAAAUCAGUUUUUCGCUAACUGAGGGGCUACCAUGCCUAAAAAAUGAAAUGGCCCGUAGAUAUGUAUUGGAUAUAUCGUUGUAUCCAAUCAGUUCAAACCUUUUGCUAUUCAACAUGGUUACUAUCUGAUGGACAUGAUUAUGUGAUCAUCAAAUAAAGUUUUUGAUGAUAGUCAGCUCUACCAAAACAAUCAUCUCUAAUCGUCUUUGAUAAAUCAUUAUCAUCAAUCAUUGAUAUCGUCCUUUACAAUGCCUAUUUUGCAAUUUAAGAAUAUGAACAAUUUUUUUGCGGUACAGAAUUUGAAAAUGGCUUUGAAAAAAGCAAACAUUUUACAACAUACUUAAAGCUUUUUCGUCUGACACUCCUCAGAGCAUAAAACGUCAGAAUAGGUUCCGAAAAAACACGUUUGAAAAAUAUAUACCCAGUUGUGGAUCGAAAUAAGGCCAA